GAGAGAAAGAGAGAGAGAGGAAAGAGAGAGAGCAAGAGAGAGGAAAGAGAGAGAGAAAUGGAGGUGUGGAUGCAUUUACUACAAAUGCGCAAUCGAGCGGCCUCGUGGCCUCAAAUUUCACGUUACAAGUUCGGGGAAAGAGUUCGGGAAAAGAUUCCGGAGACUCGGGGAAUGGAAAACUCUUCGGGGCGGCGGGAUGAUCGGCCGCGAGACCGCUCAGUCUUCACGUACAGCCAAGCAAGCAAGCACGUGCGAAUCCACGUCAAAGCAAGUCAAAACAAGUCAGAGCAAGUCAAACCAAGUCAGAGCAAGUUAGAGCAAGUUAAAGCAAACCAAAGCAAAUCAAAGGAAGUCAGAGAAGAAGAAGAGGAAGAAGAAGAAGAAGAAGAAGAAGAAGAAGAAGAAGAAGAAGAAGAAGAAGAAGAAGAAGAAGAAGAAGAAGAAGAAGAAGAAGAAGAAGAAGAAGAAGAAGAAGAAGAAGAAGAAGAAAAAGAAGAAGAGGAAGAACAACAGCAACAACAAAAACAACAACAACAAUCCACAUUAACAAAAACAGCCACAAAAGAAACCAGGGUAAGGAGAAGGGGGGGGCAGAGGGUAUGGAAGGGGGGGUCGGCAUAUGCAACAGACAAGAACGGGAGACGGGUAUAUGUUGCACCACCAUGUGACACACUACAUGGUAAUAUAAUGUUCAUGUUGGCGGCGUCAACUGAACCGGAAUCUACUCAGAUGUGGCAACAAGGUCACGGGGUCAAGUUGCAAGUGACGUCAUCAUACUCACGACCUGAACGACCUAGAGUCUUUGGCGAAACCUCCCCUGAAAUCAAGAGGCAGGCCGAGUAA